CUCAAAGGGUGCCGUGGGAGGGCCAACAUCUGGGGCCGUGUCUCAGGUUGUCUGGUAACCCCAUGUGAUGCCAUUCCAAGGAGAGCUCUGGUCCUCCUGGUGACCCUGACUGUUUGUGGCCCCGAAGCCAACUGACCCCACGCCCUUUAGCCCCCUCCCCAUUGACCCUGCUCUCACUCCAGAGGGUGAUGCGAGCAAUUCCCUCACCCUGGACAUGGCUCCUUCACCCAGCCCAAGAUAGUGCUAAACCCAGUGGGGGGCCUGGAGACACCAGGAGACACAUGAAGAGCUGCUCUUCACCCACAGCAGGAGGUGGGGACAGGACCUGUACACAGAGAUGAGGGGUUUCCCAGCCAGGUGGUGAGGUUGGUGUAACCCAGGCACUGUGCUGAGCAGUGAGAGCUGGAUGGGCAGCAGCAGAGGUCAACCCUCCAUCCCUCCAUCCCUCCAUCCCUCCAUACAUCCAUCCAUAGCUCAGCACAACACGGCGCUGCCUUCUUUGCUCCUCACCCUUUCUCUUUCCUUUUCCCUUUCAUCCUCCCUUCUCAUCCUCAUGUCUGUCCCUGGAGGAGGAUGAGGGUCAGUGCUUCUUCCAAAGACAUGGAAGUCUGGGAGGCAGCAGAACUGGGAGAGAGGAUGGAGCACAGGACAGGGACUGGCAGGACAGGCCCCCAUGUGGGAGGGCACAGCAGUGGCCGUGCUUUGGGGAUGAGAUGGAUUCCCACUUCUCCAGUACAGGCAUCCCCAGCCUGGGGCCACGGGCACGACAGCGACAGUGCCAAGGGCCUGGGGCCAUGCUGUGCUGUGCCAUACAUUUUUGCGCCAUCAUGCAGUGUCACACUGUGCCACACCACACCACGCCGUGCCAUUUUGCGCCGUGCCGUGCCAAACUGUGCCAAACUGUGCCAUGCUGUGCCACGCUCCUCCCCGCCAUGCUGUGCCGAGUUGUGCUGCGCCGUGCAGGCCCUGCGGGGGCUGUGUUGCUCACCUGCUCCUCCCCUGCUCUCAAGUCAAAACACGUCCCUGCAUCCCGGGUGCAGCAGAGCGGCAGUGAGCACCGUGCUGACGGCCCCGCCGUGCUGGCACCCAGGUAAGGCAGCACUUGGCCCCACUGAACCCCAUGCCCAUGGGGGUCCCAGCCCUUCUGCCGCCCCCUUACCGGUGCUGGCAGCCCCUUUUCUGCCUCAGUGUCCCUAAUGUGCUCACCUUCCUGCUAGAGAAAUUGAGGUAUAGCAUGAGCGGGGGGCGAAGGCAAUGCAACGCCAUGGCUGACCCCAUCCCACCCAUUGGGCCCCAAGGGAUGGGAACACCGGGCGGGGGGAUACGGUCACAUUUCCCACCCCCACCCCAGGAAAACGCCUGCGGCCCAGACAGGAAAGAAAUAAAAACUGGGAGAGGCACCCAGCGAAACCGGCCCCGCACCCCCACCACCUUUGCCCCUGGGACGGGGCUCAGCCCGGCAGCCCAGGCUGGCAGGCACGUGUUUGCACACCUUUGUUUAUCGUAGGACCUACGAGAAGGCAAAGCAAACACGGCCUCGCCUUGCUCCCUGCAGGUACCCAGCAUGGAGGGCAGGGAGGAGGCGGGCGACUCCGGCAGUGCGAUCAUGCUGCAUUUGGGCCCCGGCAGCCCCACGGCCCCGCUGAAGGAGUUGGCGCAGCGGGUGCGCAGGCAGCAGCAGGCACUGGAGCUGUGUGUGCAGGAGCUGCGGCGGCUCUGCCUGCGUGAGGCGGAGCUGACGGGGACGCUGCCCCAAGAGUUCCCCCUGAAGGCCGGUGAGAAGCCCCCCAAGGUGCGGCGCAGGAUUGGGGCCGCCUUCAAGCUGGAUGAGAGCCUGGUGCUGCGCGGGGCGGACCCGCUGGGUGCCCUGGAGCGGGACCUGGCGCUGCAGAUGCAGAUUGCCAGAGCUGCACAUCGCCUGUGCCGGGAGGAGAACAUCAGCAAACAGCUGCGCCGCAGGAGGAAGACGGCAGCAUUGAAGGAGGAGCAGAAGCUGAAGGCGCUGGAGGACACCCUGCUGGCCGAGCGCCGGGCCCUGUCUGCUGGCGGCACCGGGGGGGCUCAGGAGCUCAGCGCGUCGGAUGAGAGCUCGCUGUCGGACGCUGCGUUGCUGGAGGAGGAGGAGGCGCAGCCGAUGGGAGCCGGCACCCCGCAGCGCCUUCCGUCGCCGUGCCCGUGGCCCCGCUUGGCCCCUGAGGAGCAGAGCGAGGAUCCGGGGUGCCCCUCUGCACCCCCCGGCCCCUGGAGGGAGACCAGCCUCGAUGGACCCUACGGGAAGGCCAAGAGCAUCAGUGCUGAGCCUGGGGAUGGGGAAACCCGCGCGUCCCGGUGCUGCCCCACAUCCCCACCCGCAGUCACCUCUGUCACCAUCAGCCCUGACUGCAGGGCUGGGGACGUGGCCCCGUAUCGCUUCAUCCCCGUCCGGAGCGUGGUGCUGUGCAGGCAGAUGGGAUCCAGUGCUCCCAGCACCCCAGAGCCAGCGAUCCGACGUGGACAGUGCCAGUCCCUGAGGGUGGACUCACGCUGGGAGCCGGCUGAGACACGGGGCCGCAGCACAGCUCCCCGCCGCCGCCCCACGUACUACACAGUGACAGUGCCCACCUCCUGCCCCCCGGCCCCCAGCCCCACACCGCGCUCCGGCUCCGACGACAGCAUCUCCGACGUCUCCAGCGUCUCCCACGCCACCUCCCCAGGCAGCAGCAGCCCCGACGUCUCCUUCCCACGUCCCCCAGCCCCACCGCCCUGCACUGAACCCGCUUUUUACCCCCGCGGAGCCCCCCGGCUCCUGCCACCCCCCGGCCCCCCGCUGUUCCUCUAUGAGCAGGACCUGGCCCCGCUGCGCUACCAACGCCUGGUGCCCUCGCACAGCCGCAUCGUGCGCACCCCCUCGCUUAAGGACUACGUGCCAGGGGGGUCCCGCGGGCUCUCCAAAGCGGCGGUGACGGAGGAGCUCAAAUCGUGGCACCAACGUGCCCGGCUGCGGGGAGCCCGGCCUCAUUCCCUCGACAGACAGGGGGCCUUCCGGGUACACCGCUGUGGGAACCCCCAGGAUGGGCCCCCCCUCCGUGGGGCACCGCUGAGGGCUCAGGCAGCCCCGAUCCGCAUCCUGCGGCGCUCCCCGCCCGGGGUGCCUGUGCAGGUCUACGUGCCUGAGAACGGCGAGAUCAUCACACAGGUGUGAAGCGGCCCCCAGCCCCACGGGGCACGGCCUGGCUGGCCCAGGGCAACGGGGAAGUGGGGACACAGCCGUCAUGCACCCCUGUGG